GAAGGAAGGUGCAGAACUGGUAGAACCACAAUCAUUCAGUACGAGUUUGGCUCUUGUGCAGAGAAGACCUAAAUCGGGAAGGAUUUAUUCUUUUUUUUGCGUUCAAAGCUGCAUCAUUGAGCUCUUUAUUGUGUUUGCGCGCAGUUGAAUACAUUGGAGAUUUGGAAGAUAAAUUGAACAAAUUUUUUUUCGCCGGUGACAUUCAAGGAACAAGUUGAACUGAACCGUGAUUGAAUGAGAAGCAAUUAGUGGAAUCAUCAAACAAAAAGGUUUCACCUUGUGAAGAAAAAAUAAACUAAAAAGACAAAGUGAUCUUAUGAACUGAACUGAAUCGUGUUUAAUAAAAAAGUGCAUUUAGUGAACGAAGUGUAGUAUUUUGCGAGAAGUCUUGAUACAAUGAUCAACCACAGCAUGGCUAGUCUGAGUCAUCCACAUUACGGAUUCUCCCUGGGCAAUCACAUGGAUAUGCCGCCGGCAGCUGACUACGCGCCGCAACCAAAUCACAGUCCCAGCAGCAUGGAUGUGAAGCCACGGCUCAGUUUUCCACCGACUUCGCUGGCCGGGUUCCAGACCCACUCGCCGGGUCAGCACACCGGACAAUCCGGAUCGCAUACGUCCCCGGGACAGGAAGGACACAUCAAGCGUCCGAUGAAUGCCUUCAUGGUGUGGUCUCGGCUGCAGCGUCGCCAAAUUGCCAAGGACAAUCCCAAGAUGCACAAUUCGGAAAUCUCCAAACGCUUGGGAUCCGAAUGGAAAUUGCUCACCGAAGACCAGAAGCGCCCCUUCAUCGAUGAGGCCAAACGUCUGAGGGCCAGCCACAUGAAGGAACAUCCGGACUACAAAUACCGUCCACGUCGCAAGCCCAAGAACCCCCUCACCAGUGCCGCCAAUGGACUUCCGCUUGGAAUGCAACAAUCCGCUAAAUCGGCCCUAGGAUCAUCAUACCCAUUCCCGCAACUUCCGCCCUACUUCGCCCCAACUCAUCCGCUACAACAGCUUGAGCAACACUAUCCGGUUCCCUACUUCGGCGGCUUCGAUCCCCUGACCCUGUCCAAACUUCACCAGCAGCAGAACAUGCAGAGCGCAUCUCCCACCGGCCUCGAAGCCCAGAAGACCCAACAGAUGCCACCGACUUCCCUGAGCUCGUUUUACUCCAACAUCUACAGCGGUAUCUCGGCAGCAGCCGCAGCCGCUCCUCUCUACGCCGCCCACUCCAACAGCCUCUACAACUCAUCCGCGUCAUCAGCCUCACCCGGAUCCAGCCCUAGCACCUCGCAACACUCCAGCGUCCUCCCGGAUAUCGAAAACUCGAUGCGAAGACCCGUUCAGGUCAUCUACUAGAAGCCCCAGUCGUAAGACACAACCACCAAAACCCUCUCCCAAAAAUUAACCUCAAACAAAAACCCUAAACUUAAUCCUAGAAAACUCCCUUGAAAAAGAUUCUCAAACUUAAGUCGUUGAACGCGUCCCGCAAAAUUGUAAAUAGUAGGCUUUAUUAGUUCGUUAGUUAGUUUGUUCGUUUAUCUCACACCACGGAAGAGCGCGCGCUGUGAGUGAAGAAACAGAGAUCAGUAUUAUUAAAGCACGCGCCGCAGCACCUAAUUUAUUUCUCACCUGUGAAGAACAAAAACCAAUCGACAAACAAACAAAAACAAAAAAAGGAACGAUACCCCUCUCAGAAAGUAGGAUUAUUUAGUAUGAUUUUUUUUCGGUACUCCCUCAAAAGGGAGUCCGGAGAAAAUGUUUUGCGGAUCCGAGGAGCAGCCGUUAUUGUGUAAUUGUUUUAUUACUUUUAAUUUUUUUUAAAUUGUGAGUACUCGGAGGGAUCUUCUCUCGGUGUAUCAACCCGAGAAUACGCGACUGUUAAAACCAAUGAGUGAGUGAUUGAGAGAUUGUAAAAGUGAAGAUUGGGAGCGAAUGUGAUUGCUGUGAACACAAAUUAUAGGCUAAUUGAAUAAGUGCUUGAGAAUGGCGAGUGCACGUUGAAACAAUUUCUGUUUUUGUAAAAAACAUUCCAGUAAACUUAUCAAUUCGAAGUAGGAAAUGCAACCUUUGGAAAACCAACUUAUGAUUUUUUCUUUAUUCGACAAUUGUUUAAAAUUAGCUCCAACGAAAAUGUUGAUUUCCGGAUAGAUUUUCAUUCAUGAUGAUGAGAAAACAAACCUGAUUAAAUAGAAGCACCCUUAUUUCGGGUGAAUUAUAGCUUGUAAACAAUAACUCUGUAAUUAAAAAAAAAAUCUAAUUUUAUUUGUUAUCGUGAACUCUUUAGCUAAGGUAAUAAACAAAACAAUGAUAAAACAGAAGAAAAAAACAACAAAAACAAAACAAAAGUGAAAGAAAACCAAUUAUAAAA